UCACAUGAGUGUCAUGAGUUUGCAAAAAGCAUGGGGAGUGUGAUUAAAACCAGUUCACCUGAAUAUGCUAGAAGCAAUGGACUGGCUGAAAAAGGAGUUCAUAUUGCUAAACAAAUGCUUAAAAAAUGCAGUGAUUCUGGUACGCAUAUUCUGGAUGCUCUCAAGGAGUAUAAUAACACACCUUUAACGGGUAUGAAUGUGUCUCCAGCUGAAAUACUUAUGAGUAGAAAGUGUCGUACUUUAGUCCCAAUACUAAACAAAAAUCUCGAACCAAAAGUUGUGAAGGUUAAGCAAGUGCUAAAAAGAUUGCAAGAUAAAGUAAAAUCUCAACAUGACUUGCAUGCUAACCGUAAACCUGUAAACUUUUCACAAGGUGACAGUGUGGUUGUCAGACGAGGAAAGAAAUGGCAGAAAGGGAAUAUAGUUCGUAAACUUUCUGGUAACAGAAGUUACGUAGUUGAACUAUUAGGGGGAGGUCAGUUACGCAGAAAUACAUGGCAUUUGAAACAUUCUAGUACCAAACCGGACAGAGUUGAUGCUAGAGAAAAUAAAGAAAUUGAUGCUGAUGCAAUUCUCGCCAAUAUUAGAGCUGGUGAAAAGAAAGUGACCAUUAACCCUAACCCUACUGUUCGUGCUGUUUCUGUUCCAGCAGCUCAAGGAUUGAUGACAUUUGAGUCACGACAAAAAACAAGAUUUUGGGCGGAAGAUCCUAAAAACCCCAUCGUUUGA